AUGAUUUAUUUUCAGGAGGCGUUCUCGAAGCUUACUGACAAGACCUUCAUCAGCUCAUCUCUGAUUGCUCUCCCGGAGUUGCGUUCGCGCUUUCGCGACACGGACAUCAUGAUCAUCACCUUUGAUGCCCACGUACUGGGCGCGCCCGCAUAUCGAAGCGCCUUGGCCGGGUUCGAUGGGCCUGUGAUCGGCCUGGACAAAGGGAUGCAUCUCCACGAGGUGAUUUCCAGGGACCUGCAGCGUUUGGACGUCCAACGAGCGGAGCUGGAGAUGGAUCAGCUCAUCACGGCAGCGUUGCAACGCUUUCCCGUCAAGGCGAUUCUGCUGGAAUGCACAAAUCUACCUCCAUACAAGCACAUCCUCCGCCGACAUUUUGCAGGCGAAAUCGUGGACUGCUUGACUGUACUGGAGGCUGCAUCACCUGGCUUGGUCAAGGACUGCUAUCUCUGA